UCACUCUCGUUUACAGGGUCAUCAUGUAAUGAAGGACUAGGCAUGCAAAAUUAUUGGAUCCAAAACGCAGACAUCACUGCUUCGUCCAUUCGUGAUAUUUUCCAUGAUCCUGGAAAGGCUCGUCUCCAUGGAAACUCAGCUUGGAUGCCAUCAGCUCAAAAUGAAGAGCAGUUCUUGCAGAUUUACUUUAAAGGUGGAACCAAUGUUUCAGCGGUGGCCUUUCAGGGACAUCCGAACUACGAGUAUUGGGUUACGAGAUAUAAACUAUCAUUUAGCUUGGAUGGCAAGAUUUGGGAGGAAUUAUCCGAGGUAAAUUGCGCUUUCUCGUAUUUUGUAGUGGGAGCUGAGAGCUUACGCUGCGUUUUUUACCUUGUUUUAUUUAUUUUGUUCCCCAGACGAUAGAAAGUAAUUUUUGAGACCGGCUUACGUGAACUGAAAUAUAAUCAUAAAAGAAGUAGCGUUUACUAUCUUUGUUGGCCAAUUUCAGAGAAGGGCUUUGAACACCCCUUAAGAAAGUUGUGAAUCUAACGCCUAAAAUGAAAAACCUUGUGACUUUUCAUUUUACAGAACCCUUUUUCCUACAGGUUUUUACUCUGGUUAGGGAUAACAAAGAUGAAGUUAUUACUUCCCAACUCCCAGAACUGAAAAACGUGCGUUUCAUUCGGGUAUAUCCUACAGAGUGGUAUGAUGCUAUAGCGAUUAGAAUGGAGAUUUAUGGAUGUAUGAAAGGUAGGCUAUUUUCAGUUAUAUCCCAUAAAACGUCUUACCAAUUUACUCUUGUGGGUGGUUUGUUGUUAUAGCAUAUAUAAAAAAACUUUAGCAUCCUCCUUACCGAUCGCAAGAAACAUACCGUAAAAUGUGGCUUAUAAGGCCUCAAUACAAGCUAGGGGGGCCCGUGUCCAGGAGACUUUAAAUCCGAUGGUUUUGCUCACAGAUAGAUUAGCUUAUAGCUGCUGAGGGGAGCUUAUAAACGGCAGUUUAUAGUAUAAUGAAGGUGCACAUGAGGCAAUUUUUACUUAGCCGAAAUAUAAUAAAAACAAGGCGCAACGGAGGCAACGCUAACAUUACCAUCUUCUCUCAUUAUCAGUUAUGUACCGUUUUCUUUGGCAAUCCAUACAUGAAUUAUAGGUCAAAACAGCUGGAAUCUCUUUUUUGGAAAGUUUAUCUUUUCUGUCAUUUGUCUUUCUAUCCUAGAAUUUGCUAGCUGUGGAAACCGCGUUCUUACGAACCAUCAUUCACGUCAAAAGCGCAUUGUUGGCGGCAAAGUUGCGGAGCCAAAUUCUUGGCCAUGGCAAGUUGAAAUUAUAGAAAAUGGUACCAAGCAUUUCUGCGGUGGUUCCAUCAUACAUCCACAAUGGAUUCUGACAGCUGCACAUUGUGCAGACCCAUUCUAUAGUACUACAGUCAAGGAAAUAAGACUUGGAGAACACAACCGAGUAAAACUCGAAGGAUACGAAGAAAUUAUGGAAGGCAACAGAUAUUAUAUACAUCCAGGAUUUAAGAUCGACCGCCCGACGGCAGAGUCCCCAGGGGAUUAUGACGUGGCACUGUAUCAUUUAAAAAGACCCGCUACAUUUUACAGUAAAGUAAGCCCAGUCUGUCUGCCUGAUGAGGACUCAACUGUCCCUGAAGAUAUCGGUCGAAUGUGCUUUGUUACGGGCUGGGGACACAGCGUGGAAAAUGGAACUUAUUCUGAAGUUCUACAAGAGAACCAGGUACCUAUAGUAUCACGACAGGAGUGCAACAAAGAAGAAUCAUACAACGGGAAAGUUCACGAACGUUACUUGUGCGCUGGAUACCAGGAGGGUGGGAUGGACGCCUGUCAGGGAGAUAGCGGGGGGCCCUUGGUGUGUCAAGAUGGCGCAGGAAAAUGGGUCCUUGCUGGAGUGGUGACGUGGGGGGAAGGAUGUGCGAGGCCGCAUAAAUAUGGGGUCUACGCUGAUGUACGUAGAUUUCUGCCAUUUAUAGAAAGCACCAUAUACGGUAAGAAAAUUAAAAAAUAAAUGGUUAAGUAGUUUUAAACUGCAAAAAUGAUUAAAGGUUUGGGACUAUGUUCUGAGCAAUUUGUCAGAGCAACUAAUUUAGCUCAUAAGAAAACAGAACGGAAUCUUCACUCUUUUAACUCCCCAGUUUUCAAAAUUUACAUUCGAAUUAACUUCCAUAUAAAACGCAGGCGCGGAUCUAGGAUAAAUACUGACUGAUUUCCUAAACGAGCCUUCUAGAGGGUCACUUUUUUGGAUUUUAAAAGUCAUUUGACCAUUGGCCAGAGUUCAUUUUGGAAAGUGUUUUAUUUAAUUUUUGUUGAAAAUAUAUUUAUUAUGAAAAAUCUGACCGAUUUUCGUAAAACGCUGGAAGCCGGUGUGGAUCCGCGCCUGAAACGACAGAACGUUAAACACCUGCACUUUAUUAAAAAUUACCAGUCAGUGUAACUUGGGCUCGUCACGAGGCAAUGGCCCUAAAACAGUAAUAACAUGUUCUAAAUUUUCUUUACCCCACUUCAAAGACAAAUGCGCAGGUCUAGCUCACUACUAAUUUAGUUAUAAUUAUGCAAAUUCCAAAAAAGGUUACCCAAAAUGCGGAAUUCGCCCUGUUCAGUCCCAGAUCUCCCGCAUAAUUGGUGGUCGCGAGGCUCGUCCCAACUCUUGGCCGUGGCAAGUGGAUCUCUUGGUCAAUGGCACUGCUCACGGAUGUGGAGGGUCUCUGAUUGGUUCUUCCUGGGUUGUGACGUCAGGGCACUGUUUCUUCUUAUAUGACAAACCAAGUCAGUGGCAAAUCAGGGUUGGAGAACACAAUGAAUCUAAAUUCGAGGGCUAUGAAGAAAAGAUUGACAUCGAGAACAUAACAAUUCAUCCAGGAUUUCAACUCGGCAGCGAAAAUUACACGGGUGAUUACGAUAUUGCGAUCAUUAAACUCAAGAGACCAGCGGUGUUCCACAAACGAGUUCAUUCCAUUUGUCUUCCGGACAUGGAAACCAGUUUCUCAGCUGGUAAAACCUGUUUUGCCACCGGAUGGGGAAAACAACAGGAGAAUGCUUCGGCUUAUUCGGAAGUUCUUCGAGAAGUGGAAGUUAACUUGGUGUCCAAAGAAGUCUGUAACAGCAAUAUUUCCUACAGGGGUGGGAUAAACGAGAGAUAUUUUUGCGCCGGCUUUCCAGAGGGUGGUAAAGACGCGUGUUAUGGUGAUAGUGGUGGUCCCCUGGCCUGUCAGAAAGAGGACGGUAGUUUUGUUCUGACGGGAGUGGUCAGCUGGGGUACAGGUUGUGCUAGAGCCAACAAGUAUGGGGUGUACUUGGAUGUACGAUACAUGCUGCCAUUCAUUGAGAAUACUUUAUAUGGUAAGUCUCCACAAGUCAUCUGUGUUUUCUUAAAUUCUUAAUGAUGAGUUUCAUUUUCUUGGCGUUUCCUCUUUUGUGAGUGCGCCGAAAUGGAAGCAAAUAUUUACGCACGUUAGCGAUUGUUCUUUACACCAUCCUUAAACAAAAAGCAAAUUUAAGGUCAAUCAGUUUCAUCUUGAGGUAAAGCAGGUAUUACUGAAUGAAGCAAUGGUAUUUGAAUUAUUAAAACAAUACCAGUUUCAGCACUGAAAUACUCGUACCAACUCUGCGGUAUGGCCUGUACCUUACUCAUGGGGCGCAGGUCUACUGAAUACAUGAGCACAACCAUACUGAUGAUCGCAAGUGAGACCUCUCACCUGGGCCAUGCUGAUGAGUCCUUCAUGAGGACGAAACAGCUGCCUAUGGCUGCCACUGCCGGGGUGAUAUGGUCGUUCUCAUGCGCAAGGUACUGGCCAUACCGCGGAGUUGGUACGAGUGCUUCAGUGCGGAAAUUGGUAUUAUUUGGGUUAUUAUCCUACAUAAUGAAGUACAAAUUAGAAGCCAAACAGGACGUUGAUCAAAAAACCAAGUACAAGCUCACUAGUUCACCUGACUAUAAUAGAAUCUGUUCUUUAGAAAAUACUGCAAUACAAUACAAGCAUUCAAGCCAUGUUUUCAUUUCAGUGUUUUAUCUAACUAUGAGAUUAACUUUGAAAACUGUUCGCGGUUUUUGCCAGACGCAAGCUAAGACAAACCAAAAGAAAGCGCAAGAAAACAGAGAAUUCAAAUUAUGUUUUCACUGCAUUGUAUACUUUGCUCAUAUUAGGUCAUCCUUCGUGCGGAAUUCGUCCUGUUCAGUCCCAGAUCUCCCGCAUAAUUGGUGGACGCGAGGCUCGUCCCAACUCUUGGCCGUGGCAAGUGGAUCUCUUGGUCAAUGGCACUGCUCACGGAUGUGGAGGUUCUCUGAUUGGUUCAUCCUGGGUUGUGACGUCAGGGCACUGUUUCUUCUUAUAUGACAAACCAAGACAGUGGCAAAUCAGGGUUGGAGAACACAAUGAAUCCAAAUUCGAGGGCUAUGAAGAAAAGAUUGACAUCGAGAACAUAACAAUUCAUCCAGGAUUUCAACUCGGCAGCGAAAAUUACACAGGUGAUUACGACAUUGCGAUCAUUAAACUCAAGAGACCAGCGGUGUUCCACAAACGAGUUCAUUCCAUUUGUCUUCCGGAUAUGAAAACUAGUUUCUCAACUGGUAAAACCUGUUUUGCCACCGGAUGGGGAAAACAACAGGAGAAUGCUUCGGCUUAUUCGGAAGUUCUUCGAGAAGUGGAAGUUAACCUGGUGUCCAAAGAAGUCUGUAACAGCAAUAUUUCCUACAGGGGUGGGAUAAACGAGAGAUAUUUUUGCGCCGGCUUUCCAGAGGGUGGUAAAGACGCGUGUUAUGGUGAUAGUGGUGGCCCCCUGGCCUGUCAGAAAGAGGACGGUAGUUUUGUUCUGACGGGAGUGGUCAGCUGGGGUACAGGUUGUGCUAGAGCCAACAAGUAUGGGGUGUACUUGGAUGUACGAUACAUGCUGCCUUUCAUUGAGAGUGUUAUAACCGGUAAGUUUCAUGCAAAUUGCGAGAAUGCGUUUAAAAUCGUUAUUCUCCUGUUAUUUGCCUUCUUUGUAGCGUGACGCCUUUUUAAUAUUGGUUAUUAACUCUAAUUACAAAGUCUGACUAACAGUGCUAAGGACGCUUGACCUCGCAGGGCAGAUCUGCUGGUGAGGUUAUUAUCUAGAGAAGAAAUGUAACAAGGAGUGUCCACUGAGAGGCUAAGAGCACUUCAACUCACACAUCUCUUAAAAUCAGUUAUGCGGAAAUCAAUAGUAAAAGUGGACUAUUUAUAGACUACAAGAAAUAAUGGGGUCUCUACAUAAGCGUUACUUUGAUCCGGGAAAGAAGCUGUUGAAAUACUGACAAUUGCUGGCAUAUUUUGAAACUGACACAUCAGCAAGUUCUUUUAAUGAUCCUUGUCUUUCAUUGAUUUUGAGGUUUUCGUCCCGAAUGUGGUACCCGCUUUAUUCCUUCCUCAAGUUCUUUGAUGGUCAGCGGACAUGACGCUCGCCCCAACUCCUGGCCGUGGCAAGUUGAGUUAUUGUUCCUUAACACACAUGCGUGUAGUGGAACUCUUAUAGACGGACUCUGGAUUCUAACUUCUGCAGAUUGUGUGAACGCGAGAGGCAAACCUGAAAACUGGACAGCUCGAGUCGGCGAACAUGACAGAACAGUCUUGGAGGGGUAUGAAGAAAUCAUAGGGGUUAAAAAUAUCGUAGUUAGUCUUAAAAGACACAUUGCGUUGAUGAAGCUUGAACGAAUGGCUGUAUUGCACCGUCGAGUUUCCCCUAUCUGCCUUCCAAAUGAAGGAACCGAGUUUGCAAAUGGCUCUUUAUGCUAUGUGAUUGGGUGGAGAUCUUUUGACAAACAAGGAAAUACCUCCAAUAUAUUGAAAGAGGCUCAAGUCAAAUUAGACUCAACAAAGCUCUGCAACUCAUCAUUUAAUGGGACAAUUAGUAAGUACGAACGCUGCGCCAGCUCCGUCAGGAAUGAGGACCAAAUUUGUAACGUCGAUGGCGGAGCGCCGUUAGUUUGUCCAAGGAAUGAUGGGAAGUUUGUCCUUGCUGGAGUAGCAAAUUCCGGGGACUGGUGCUCGAAUGCAGGCCAACAUGGCGUCUUUACUGACGUUAAAUCGAUGCUUUCGUUUAUUCAUAAUACUGUUACAGUAGCAGCGGAUAUUAUGAGUGCUUAG